UACUGCAAUUCUGACAGUUAUUUUCAUUGCAGAGAUGUAGAUAAUAUUUAACAUGUUUUAAAGUAAUUAAAGCCGUGUUAGGCUUAUAUAUCUUUACGGUAUAUGGAACGAGGAACAGUUAUAAUCUUAUACUCAAAAGGGAAGUAAAUCAAAGAAUUCGACAGCCUCGGUCUGGUCGAUUGCGCGAACCGUCGAAAUGGACAAAACAGGGAACACAACUGAGUCUGUGCUCGCUCAGUUUUGUUCUGUUACAGGAGCAGAUGCUGCCAUGGGUAGGCAGUUGUUAGAAGCAUGUGGAGGAAAUUUAGAGCUGGCUAUCAAUAUGCACAUGGAAGGUGGUGGUAGUGGUGCUGGUGCAUCUAAUGCAGUUGAUGAAGUAAGGGCUCCCAUUCCCCAAAUUCAGGAAACAUUGGUGGAUGAUGCUCCAGUAUAUGGAACAUUUCGAGGACGGAAAAGAAAAACAAGAUCUGUGUUUGAUGGAUUCAGGGAUUUUCAGGAAGAAGCUC